AAAUAACACAAAACCGAAAGCCGCCCAUGUCUUGUCUGUGCUAAACUCUCGUUGCUGCUGCUUUCUAUGUGUUUUUGUUUUAUUUUUGGCUUCUGCUGUUGUUGUUUAUUUUAAUUAAUUAACUAAUUAGAUAAUAAAUUCUGCGUUAGAGGACAAACGGUCCAAAGCAACAGUAAGCAACAGCAACUAGACACGAAACAAAACUGUCGCCCUUAAAGCGAAGCAACAUUUUUUUUUUGCGAACGUCACAAAAACACACAAUUCAAAGGGACGACGACGGCCGUCACGAGGGGUUAAGGGUGAGGAAUCACAGCGGCAGCGGCAGUAAGAGCAGGAGGCGGUGGCCAGACAAACGUCCGAGAGAGACGCAAGCAGAGAAACAGCAGAUGCUGUCUAGAUCAGACCACAUCGGAUCAGAGAAACGAUUUGGGACUUCUAAAUCGCAUCCAGUUCUUCUGGCCAAACUAAAUAUCACAUAUCCAGACGAAAAUUUUAAACAACCAACACCGAUGAGCAACAUUCACCACUUUCGUUGGAUCACACAAAGACUCCCCCUGCCCGUCAUACAGCGUAAUCUACCUCUGCUCCUCCCAUAGGCUGUGGAAAGGCCAGGACAUGAACAGUAAACAACAAUGUAAAGCAGGAAAAAUAUCAUACAACUCCAGUCCCAGGCCAGAUAAAGUUAUUAUGAAUCCCAGCGGCAGUAGUGGAAUCCAUUCCUUAUGGCACAAUAACAUCAACAACAAUAAUAAUAAUACAAUUUAUAACAAUAAUGGACCAAGUGCAGGUCCGGAAGAAAUUAAGCAGCCAUCUAUUGAACCGUCUGCGGUUGGUAGCGGUUGCGGCGGCGCCGUAAUCGGAUUUGGCACGCCCAUUAAGCCCACAUCUAAACCCCGCAACAAAAGCGAAGAGGCCAUCAAUGAUUUAUUAGAAAGGAUACCGGAUAUUGGUCAGGUUUUUGAUGUCCAUAGUCGUAUUGGUAAUGGCACAUUCAGCACUGUCCUAUUAGCCACUCUCAAACGGGAAACAAAUCUGCCGGAUAAUCUGCGUCGCAAAUUUGCAAUUAAACAUCAUAUACCUACCAGCCAUCCGGAUCGUAUAAUGAAGGAGCUGCAAUGCAUGACCAAAAUGGGUGGCACCGACAAUGUCGUUGGCAUACAUUGUUGCAUGCGCUGCGAUGCUUCAGCGGCUUUUGUUAUGCCCUAUAUGCCGCACGAUCGUUUCCAUGAUUUCUAUACCAAAAUGGAUGUACAGGAGAUACGCUUGUAUAUGAGGAAUCUGCUGGUGGCCUUGCGUCAUGUACACAAAUUUAAUAUAAUCCAUCGGGAUGUUAAGCCAAGUAAUUUCCUCUACAAUCGUCGGCGACGUGAAUUUCUUCUUGUGGAUUUUGGGCUGGCCCAACAUGUGAACUUGUCAACGAUGGGUACUGCAGCAUCUGGAGCAGCGGCUGCAAUUGUGCCACAGCAGCAGCAGCAGCAACCAUCAGCAGGUGGAGCAGCAAGUGGAACUGUAAAUGGAGUAAAUACCAAAAGACCCAGAGAUUGUGGACGAGCAAUGGAAAUGGAGCUAACACCAUCAAGUGUUGUUUCUUCGGCUGAUGCUGUAUUGGGUGGUGCUGUGAAACGGAUGAGGCUGAACGAAGAUGGUGGUGGAGGUAAGAUGCCAUUGAAGCCAGUGAAUGAGAUAAUGGCAAAUCCUCAAUUUGCAUCUGAAUGUCAAACCAAAGACCACCAGGUACAGCCGCACGAUGCUGCUGGACCUGAUGAGCAACUGGCGGCUCCUUCGCCAUCAACACAGCAGUCGUUGCCUCGUACCGAGCAGCAGCAACAGCAUCAACCGCAGCAACAGCCAGCAUCAUCACAGCCACACCAAGUGGCGGCCAAAUACAAUACAAACCGUUGUGGCCAGACAUCAGGUACAGCGGGAACUGGAACGGGAACCGGCGGCGGUGGGGGCGGUGGAUCAGCAUCCAAUGGCAACGGAAAAUGCUAUUGCUUUGCCAAUCCCUCGGUUUGCAUUAACUGCCUAAUGAAGAAAGAGGUGCAUGCCUCCAGAGCCGGCACUCCAGGCUAUCGUCCUCCCGAGGUGCUGCUUAAAUAUGCGGAUCAGACAACGGCCGUUGAUAUCUGGGCAGCUGGCGUGAUCUUUCUAUCAAUAAUGUCAUCGGUAUAUCCAUUCUUCAAGGCACCGAAUGAUUAUAUAGCUUUAGCCGAAAUUGUAACCAUUUUUGGCGACCGGGCCAUACGGAAAACAGCCGUGGCACUGGAACGGAUGGUCACACUCAGUCAGCGUUCGCGUCCGCUUAAUUUGCGAAAUUUGUGCCUGCGUUUUCGCCAUCGUGCCAUCUUCAGUGAUCCCAAGCUAUUGAGGCACUACGAAUCGCCUGAAGGACGAUGUGAUGUCUGCAAAAAUUGUGAUCAGUAUUUCUUUAAUUGUCUGUGCGAGGAGAGUGACUACGUGACGGAGCCAUUGGAUCCGUACGAGUGUUUUCCGGCAUCAGCUUAUGAUUUGUUGCAGCGAUUGCUUGAGGUGAAUCCACAUAAGCGUAUAACUGCCGAAGAGGCAUUGCAGCAUGCCUUCUUUGUCGAUGAUCAGCAGCAGCGGGAGCAGCAACUGGAGCAAAAACAUGAAUUAUUGACGCCACGUCGAGCUACACAGCCCCCGUCCACGCCUAUCCGGCAAACGGCGGCCCGCAGACGUGUGCCAAAAAGUAAAGGAGCUGCUGCAGGCAUACAUCUGCAGCAGCAGCAACAACAACAACACCAUGCAACAUGGCAGCCGCAAUUGCCGCAACAACAACAACAACAACAACAGCAACAACCACCAUCACAACUACAACAAUCCUCUCAACAAUAUGCCGUUAAAUUCGAGCUGCUGCAAACGUCGCUCAACAAACUGUGAAACUAGUCCCACACAAGUGUAGCAUCGCCAUUGAUUGAUUCAUCAUCAUCAUCCAGAGAUGCACAGCAUGUAUAUACAUACAUAGAUUACCUCCAUAUCAUAUCAUCAGCAACUGUUGUACAUAGAAAAUAAUCCAUCAAAACAUUUCAUCAUCACUAGGAUCACACGCAUGCAUCAUCUCCCUUUCCCUCGCACUUCCAGUGAGCAGUGGAUACCA